AUGGAGGGAGAUGACGUAACUCUGACCUGUAAAACAGAGACCACUCCCUCCAUCCUCUCAGCUACUUUCUAUAAAGAUGGCUCCUUGAUCAGGACUGAGUCUACAGGUCACAUGACCAUCCACAAUGUUACCAGGUCUGAUGAAGGCCUCUACAGGUGUAACAUCAUCCGUCAUGGAGAGUCUCCAUCCAGCUGGAUCACUGUCACAGAGAAACCUACAACCACAGCUCCACCUGCCACUACUGAGGCCACGCACCCUCCACCAUCAUGCUCAGCCAACCUUGUCCAUAAAGUGGUCUACCACCUGGUGGUGUUCUGUCCAUACUUCAUCUCCACUCUCCUCAUGGUGUCUUUAUGUCGACACAGACCAACAGGUUGAUCAGGGAUUGGUUGAUGACUAUGACGAUGUUGAUGAUGUCACCACACAGCAUCAUUUCUGAAGUGAUCUGGUCUUCGGUCUGAUCCUGAAGUCAGAAACCAGCAUCAUCUCUU